AUGAGGGAAACUGAUGGCGAAAACUACGGUACCUUCUCCUUAGGUGAGGGUUGGGGGCUUUGAACAGGGUGUGGUUGUGGGUAGUGGGUGGUGCGAAGGGUUGAGAGUGUGUGGGGUCUCUAUGGAUUGUUCCCCCUAAUGAAGUUGGUUGCCUACUCUGACAGGAUGGGGAGACAAACUUGGUUGUGGAGCUAGCAGACUUCUGUGAAAGGUUGUCAAGUGUUAUUGGGUUGUCAAAGACCGUUGGUUUUGCAGACGAAGGAUGUUCAGCUUGGGAUGCCCCAAUAGUAUCUACAUCAUCUCGUAUUCUUUUUUCCACCACUGAGGAGUUACAGUUUGCUACGGUAACAUGAAUUGUCUCAAAGUCUAGCAGGUCCUGGUCCAUCAAAAUGACUUUUUCUUCUGUCAUUUGUUCAUUGGGAAUGGACUGGUUGGACUGAUUGGAAGUCUGAGCUUUGACCCCGAGUUUGUGGAAGACCUGAACAGACUGCAUCAUCUGAUGACCCAGACGGCUCCUUGGAGGUUGGGGUGGUCGGGGAGCCUUUGGGGUAGGCCCCGCCUCUAACUUAGCCCCCUUAACACUACCUUUCUGCUUCCUGGAAGAUGAAAUGUCUGAACCUGUUCUGUCCCCACCUCCAUCUGCAGCAUCUCUCCUUGCACAUUGAACCACCUCCUUCACAGCACACUUCACAGGACUAGGAUUACUCUCCUCUACACUUUCACCAUCCCUCUUUUCACCUUCUAUCUUUUCACUGUUCAUGCCAUCACUACUGUCACCAACCUCUCCAAAGAUGGCCAUCUUCUUUGUUGUCUCCCCUCUUCCCUGCUCUGCUUCCUCCUGUUUAUUUUUUGUAGCUUCUGUCGCAGGGCUUCCUUUAGCCUCCUCCAAUGGAACAGCUGGAUUGCCAGUGUUCAGUGUUGUGUCAAUAGGUGCCAUGGUAAUGUUGGUUGCAGGUGCUGGUGCAGCCACAUAGAUGUACCCUGGUGGGGGGCAUACUGCCCAGAUUUGUGGCACUGGUGGUGGCUGAGGGGGCUGACCUUUGGUAGACAACAAUGUGCCAUAGAUAGCAUGUUGAUGGGUUUGAGGAUGAGAAGGAAUGGGUUGAUGGUGAUGAUGAAGAUGGUGAUGUGGGAGAUUGGGAUGAUUAGGAGGCUGCUGGAAAUGGGCUGUUACAACCGGAGGGUUUGUGCUGUGAUCUAUGACCAGAGUUAUCUGUCCUGCCAGCAAGCUGUUUCCUGAAAGGAAACCAAAUUAUAAUUUUUUUAUUCACAAAAUAUUUUUUACAGUUUAUUAUGAAUGAAUGCAUUUGUAAAGUCAUUAUGCCUUUGCCUUGUUAAUUUCUGUCAUCCAAAAUGAUAAUUUCAUGCCAACUUUAGAAUAAAGCAUAGACAGUUAGAGAGUUUAAAAGCUAACAGCCAGUUUUGAGAGCUCUGAAUUGUAAUUUAACAGAAAAUACUUACCUUGUGUUGAGUCAGGUGUGAAGGCGUUACUCUGGAAAGGGUCCUCCAUAGUUAUAAACAGUUAUCUUUGUUAUUUUAGAUAUUUUAACAUAAUAUUUUUUGAAAUACUUUGUUAUUUUGUCAAGUAAUUGUUUGAUUGAUGCACCUAGAAUAUCAGUGUCACUCUAUGAUGUCACCAUUUUUUACUUGGUUCUGACUAGAGGGAGUACAGCUACGAUCAGAAGUGACUUUUUCGUAGCAGGUUAGUAUAAUUUAUGCAGCAGGUUAGGAUAAUUAACGUAGCAGGUUAGGAGACUUAGGUUAAGGUUAGGAAAAGGGUUAGGGUUAGGGUUAGCUAAAAUGGUCUCCUAACCUGCUACGAAAUGUAACGUCUGUUUGUAGCUGUACUCCCUCUAGUCACAACUCCUAGACUUUCCAUCUCCAGAAAAUCAUUGUUUUGUUAACUGUCGUUUUUUUUGCACAAAAGUACAAACAAGAUCACCAAGAUCAACAUAUUUCCAACAUUAAUUUGUCUCAUAAUCCCAUAACUCCUAUUUUACAGUUGUUAUGAUUAGGCUAGGCCUAGUUAUUACAUGGUUGCAACAUAGUAUUGACAUAGUGUUACAUUUCUAACUCAGUUGAUUGUGUGUGUGUUGAGGGGGUAACUUGGCAUCGGUAACUUGUGUGCAUAUGCGUGCGUGUGUACAUGCUUUGAGUGAAAACACAGCAACACCUUAUUCACUCAUGCUCAUGCUAUAUUUGGCUGCUUGUGUCUAUCCUCAGUGCUGCCCCCAGAAUGUGCUCCGGGGGGUCACUCUCUGCUCCAGAACCCAUACCGUAGCACCAGUUUCAGCUCCCGCAGCCUACAGCAGUCAGCCCUCCAGAACUUCAUCUGUGACCAUUCCCUCAUACCAGGCUGGUACCAGUUCCAGAUCUUUGACAAGCCUGCCAGCAUGCCCACACAAUGUGUGGAGGUAAAUACAGAUAAUACGUUUUAUUUUAUAGUAUUUUUUCUCUCUAGGUCUCAAAGCAUGUUACAAUGUAUGGAGGUCACCCCAUCCCCCAAUGUGUCGCAAACACCCAUAUUGUUUCUCGACUGUAUACAGCUUGCUAAUAAUCACCGAAAUGAAAGCUAGACAGUCAGGGAGCAUUGGAAAAAAUAAAAGAUGGCUAGAGGACUAUUCUUUUUACAUAUUUUGACGGCGAGGAAAUAUAUAUUUUUUAAAUUGUGCCGCCCUCCGGACCUCGUUGAAGACCAAUUGUGGCCCCCGGGGAAAAAGGAGUUUGACACACCUGGUUUAGGUGGUCUUUCAUAGCAAAUGCCAUGCCUCAGUCAGAACAGUACAGAAGAGCAUUGUCCCAAUUAUAUGCUAGUUCUUCUUGCACUAGAGUACUUUUCAGUGAGUAGCCCAGUCAUUGCAGUGGUAACAUGAGUGCUAGUCUUGGCCUUUGAAGUGAACAUAGGCUCUUUGUUCCAAGGAGACUGGGAUGGUAUCAGCAUUAAGCAAAGGACCAAAGAGAGAGAGAGACAGGAGAGAGACAGGAGAGAGACGAGAGAGACAGGAGAGAGACAGGAAACAUUUUCAGUUCCUCAUUUUCCCUGGGCUGCCUGCUGUGCUGCAGACUGAAGGAUCCAUCAGAGGUGUCAGCUUCCUCUUCUUCCCAGGGCAUUGUCAUGUGUCAUAUUGCAGUUGUUGUCUGCAAAGUGUCGCCCUACCAAUCAUUACCCAUGUAGUUGUAUUAUUACCACCCAGUAUAAACUAGCCUGGUCCCAGACAUGUUUGUGCUGUCUUACUUAUUGUCACAAUGAGUGACAAGGAGUUUGCGAGACAGCGCAAACAGAUCUGGAACCAGGCUCAAGUAGUCUUAUUCUGUUCUCCAUUGUCUUCAUCUGUGUCCACCAGGUGAACCACUGUGGGACCCAGGCCCCAGUGUGGCUGUCUCUGGGGGAGGGCGAGAGCCUCCCGCGGCCCCUGGAGGUGACGCAACUGACGGCCUGUGCCACCUGGCAGUUCUUCCUCAGCAGCAGUAAGGACUGCUGCCUGUUCCGCAUCCCUGUCACCGUGCGCAACUGUGGAGACUUCUACGUCUACCUGCUCCAGCCCACCCAGGGUUGCAUGGGCUACUGCGCACAGGGUACAGCAGCUGUUUACGAUAGUCUGUUUAGGUGGAGGCAAUGAGGAGCUCUAUACGCUAUGAAAGUGAGGCUGCAUUUUCCAGGAAGUAGCCUUGAAGUCAUUUUUUUCUUUUGUAGGCUUUUUGAAGGGUCUUCAAUGGGCAGAAACGUAGCGCAAUGGUCUUCAGCGCCAAAAUGUCAUAAAAGGCAUCUAUCUGGCAGAAGUCAAUUCAUCCACAAACACAAAUAUAAUUGUAUAAAUGACCGUGUUUUCAUGAAUUUGAUGGUAUAAUCGUCAAGCCCAUUCAAAAGAUUAGGGCUGACCCCGGAAGUAUGAUGUAAUGCUGCAUCACUUUCAUAGCUUAUUGCCAAUGCUCUAUGCUUUGAUCUCUUUAUGUGUCAAUGUAAACGUGACAGUGCUGUAGGUUUCUUUAAAAGUGUUUGCUAAAUGCUGGACAUGCUCCUAGAAUAGAAUAGAUCUAAUUUAAUUAUUUAAGAGGGAAUUCUUAUAGUGGUAAUAGCGGAUGUAAAGGUGACAUGAUACAACUGUCAAAAACACUAGAGAAUUAGCACUAACUGCAUGUAACUCAUUCAACUGUUAUUUAUGUGCUAGUGAUUCAGACCUCUGUAGUGUUAACUGUUACGACCACCAUUGUUAAUUGUCCUGCUAUCAUUCACCAUGCAGAGAUGUCAGACUCUGCGGCGGUGGUGUGUGGUCCUGACGAGGUGGAGGUUGAUGGAACGUGUAAAGGUGAGUGAGCUCUAUAGGAGGCCCUUGUUAAAGUCAGACACCACAACAAGCCGCGUCAGAAUUGCCAGGCGGUGUGGAAUGCAGCAACAGGCCCCUCACAGGUCCUCUUAAUGAGCUAAGCAUGUGUGUCCUGCCGCCCGCGUCACUCGCCCCAUCUCCAUGACGACAUCUCUCACUGAGGUCAUGAAUUAUCCCUCCUCUGGUUUUAUGGCGAAGGAGGAGGGGGGCUGGGGACAUAGGUGGAUGGUUUAAUUAACUUUAAUUCACACAAGAGAAGUUAUCAAGUUGGAAGGGAAACUAUAAAUAGGAGACGGUACCUACUGUUUCGGUUUGUUAUGGUUGGCCCCUUUCCCUGAUUAGGGUUACAGAAAUAGACCAAAAUGUUGGAACCCUCUGUUGGGCUGUGGCUGAUGACUGGUUCCUUGCCUGAUAUAUUGAUUUUGAUUACUUGGUGGGUCACAAGACAAAAACAUUCAGCCAAGCUUGUAUUAUACACAACCAUCUCAUAUCACCCAAAUACUGUAUAAAUGAUGACCUGCUAUAUCUAUGUAAAUACCAGGGACAUGUUCAGUAGGAAGAAAACUGAGUGCAACAGGUAGGAACUUCCCAUUUUGUCCAACAAGACAUUCAGUCUAAUUUUGUCAAAUAAAACAUGUUGCUAAACAUUUUGUUACGGUUUACCCUACUGAACACGACUCCGUUAUCCCUUCCAGCUAAACAGCCUCCUUCCCCAGCGGUGCCUGUGAUAGUAGCAGAGCUCUCUGGGAGCAUCGUCUACCUGAAGUGCAGCUUCGAAGGCCACAGCCUGAACAGCUCCCUAGGCUAUGUGGUGGCCUGGUCUCGCCUCUCCCCCCAAGGCACCAAAGAAGAACUGAAACAGGAGACUACUGUCCAAACCUUUGCCUUCAUCGAGCUGGACGGGAUCAACCUCCGACUGGGGGACAAGGUGGGUAGAAGUUACCCCUAACCACUGACGCAGGGGCAGAUAUCUUUCCUCUCUCUAAUGGUUAAGGUUAAGAUCGAGGGUAGUGCAAUUUGAUUCAAGACUUGCGGUUAUGGGUAGCUUCUACCUCACUUGUAAAACAGUCAAACGCAAAAACAAUGCUAGCUUCCGAGCUCUCUCUCAAAACUGAAGUGAAUUUGUUUUACAAGUGAGGAUAUAGAGCGAUAGAGCUGGCCGUGUUUAAAACCUAGAUUGCCACCGGCCAUCUUUAAACUUUCAAAGUUAAACAGUAUAUUGUUUUGUCAUCCUUUUAUGAAACUCUAGUCAGACAUGUUGUUUUGUUUUACUGUGGUAUCAUGUCUAUCACCUGGCUUCAACUAUAAAGGCUUUUAUACAUCCUGAACUGUAGCCUCUCUCUUCCUCUUGAACGGCUGUGGCUGUCCUUCCCUCUCUGUCAGAUUUACUGCAGUUGCUCCAGUUUUUUUCUGGACUCGCCGGACAUCCAGGGAACCCCAGUGGAGAGCAAAGAGUUCUUCGCCGGGAUCAGGGUAAAUCAAAGAGAUAGAGAACACUAUUUGGUGUAAGGAUUUGGUGUUUGAGUGUGUGUAAAGUGUGUAAGGUGUGUGUGCAUGCGUGCCUGUCUGUCUGUCUCUCUCUGGGUCUGGGUUUGUGUGUCUCCUUUUGUUUUAAGUAGUCACUGGUUAGUCAGAAUGUCUCUUGUGACUUGUCUCUGCAGUUGAGACCAGAGGUGACUACUGUGUCUGAGGAUGGGAAGGACUAUGAGUUGACUGUGGAGAGUACCAUCCCUGUCCCCUGCCCUGGCGAUGCCUCCUCAUCCUCCUCGUCCUCCUCCACAGAGCAGUGUACUCUCUCCUUACACCUGAGUACAAGCAAUCAAGGUAAAGGCUUCGUAAGUAAUCCUGCAUACUCACAGUAUCACCUCAGUAAAGUUAGAUUCUUCACAAUUUAGUAUUUUUAAUAACAGAUUUUGGCAACACGUUUGAUUUCCAUAGUGUCUUGAUUCUCCAGUGACAACGCAUUCUGACAUGUCGGUAUCCCUACAAAAUAGACAAAAACAAAGCCAACGACAAUAACCAUUAAAUUAUAUAUUUGGUCCUCCAUAGGAGAGGAUCUGCUGGGUCCAGAUGUGGUGUUGUCCUCGUGCCAGGUGGAUCUCUCCCAGAGCCUGGGGUGUCGUAACGGGGUGUGUAGCCAGGCCCUGGUUCACCUCAGCGCUGUCACAGACUUCCUCAGGGACGGAGACAGGACGACACAGAUCUCUGUCAAACCCAUCGUCACAUCCAACUUCCUCUGGAGCGGCUACACACCACAGAGUGUCCAGGUACUGUAACUGGAAGAAAAUAAAACUUGUGAUGGGUUGGGAGGAGAGUGGCGGUUGUUAUUAGCCUGGUCCCAGAUCUGUUUGUGCUAUCUUGCCAACUCCUAUGGUCAUUGUCACACUGUUUGGCAUAAGACUUUGCAAGACAGCAUAAACAGAUCUGGGACCAGUCUAGGUUGUUACACUUAACUCACUCAAUGGAGAAUAUGCUAUGAUGCUGUAUAUACUGUAUAGUGUACAAUUGCCCAUACACAAUCUGUAAGUUGCCAACACAAUCAUAUAAGCAUGUACUGUAUACACUUUAUUUUCUCAUCUAGAUAGCUGAAUGUGAAAAUGAAAUAAAUUAUAUUUGAUAUGUGAUAUCUGCUCUGUGUUUUCAGAUCACAGUGAAGGAUGUUCCCUCUGCAUACUGCUACUCUUUCACCGAUCCUCACAUCAUCACGUUUGAUGGCAGGUACUUCAAUCACUCCUUUUUAGUCAGCAUAAAUGAUAGAUGCAGUCAUGGCAAUAUUAGUCUGCAAAUAUGAUAACAAUCACAAGAAUACACAUUACAGUAACUGAUACUGUACUGUAAUGUAUUUAAUGCAUUUCCUUCCAGGCAGUAUGACAACUACCAGAUUGGGACGUUUGUGCUGUACAAGAGCACGCAGCAGCCGUUCGAGGUCCAUGUGCGCCAGUGGGAGUGCGGGAGCUUGGUCCACGGCGCCUCGUGCAUGUGCGGGUUCGUCGCGAGGGACGGCGGUGAUGUCAUAGCCUUCGACAUGUGCAACGGCGAGCUGGGGGACACCAGGCCGCACCUGUCAGUGAAGAACAGGGACGUGGGCAAGAGCGGCAUCCGCAUCACUGAGUCUUACCAAGGACGCAAAGUCACAGUGAGUGAAUAAAUAAGUAAAUAAAAUGUAACAUAAAAAAUUUUAAAAUAAAGUUGUCCUCUGAUGAGUUGGUGGUGCCAGGAAAAAGAAAAGGUCACUGAGUGGAAGCCCACGCCCACAGGAAGUAGUCAUUAGCCAAUAGGGUGUUGUGAAAGGCAGUGUAAACUUACAGUGCAAAGUCGGUAUUCAAUUGUUUAUGCUAAUUAUGAUAUGAUACAGACUGUGAUGAUAUAGCGAAGCACUGGAAAGCAGAAAAUAAUUGAGUCUCAAUAGAAUAGAGUAAAAUCAAAUGAAAUACAACAGAAUACAAUAGGAUCUAAUCCCCUUUCUGUCUGUGCUGUAGAUUACCUUCUCGUCUGGGGCAUUUGUGUGUGCCGAUGUGUCUGACUGGGGCAUGAGUCUGACCCUGAGGGCCCCCAGCUCAGACUGGGGCCACACCGAGGGCCUGUGUGGGAACGUAUGACGGACAGACGCACAAUGACCUCCACACAGCAGGGGGCGCAGCGCUGGACAAUGAAGACGUAGCAGCCUUCAUCUCUGAAUGGAGGUUAGUCUGAUGCCAAAUCUCAAAUCAACCUCUAGUCCCUAACUUUAUGGAGUUUGCAGAUUCUAACCAGCCUACCAAUGAUUGCACUGCAGCAUUCAUUGUAAUUCCUAUGCCUAUACAGUUUCUUUAGAUCUGCAAAACAGGAGCAGGCUUUUGGAUAUGAAUCAUUUUGAACAUUUACAGUAUCAGUCAAAAGUUUGGACACACCUACUCCUUCAAGGGUUUUUCUUUAUUUUAACUAUUUUUUACAUUGUAGAACAAUAGUGAAGAUAUCAAAACUAUGAAUAACACAUAUGGAAUCAUGUAGUAACCAAAAAAGUGUUAAACAGAUCAAAAUGUAUGUUGUAUUUGAGAUUCUUCAAAUAGCCACCCUUUGCCUUGAUGACAGCUUUGCACACUCUUGGCAUUCUCUCAACCAGCUUCAUGAGGUAGUCACCUGGAAUGCAUUUCAAUUAACAGGUGUGCCUUCUUAAAAGUUAAUUUAGUGGAAUGUAUUUCCUUCUUAAUGCGUUUGAGCCAAUCAGUUGUGUUGUGACAAGGUAGGUGGGGUAUACAGAAGAUAGCCCUAUUUGGUAAAAAAUCAAGUCCAUAUUAUUGCAAGAACAGCUCAAAUAAGCAAAGAGAAAUGACAGUCCGUCAUUACUUUAAGACAUGAAGGUCAGUCAAUACGGAACAUUUCAAUAACUUUUAACGUUUCUUCAAUGCAGUCGCAAAAACCAUCAAGCGCUAUGAUGAAACUGGCUCUCAUGAGGACCACCACAGGAAUGGAAGACCCAGAGUUACCUCUGCUGCAGAGGAUAAGUUCAUUAGCGUUACCAGCCUCAGAAAUUGCAGCCCAAAUAAAUGCUUCACAGAGUUCAAGUCACAGACACAUCUCAACAUCAACUGUUCAGAGGGGACUGUGUGAAUCAGGCCUUCAUGGUCGAAUUGCUGCAAAGAAACCAUUACUAAAGGACACCAAUAAGAAGAAGAGACCUGCUUGGGCCAAGAAACACGAGCAAUGGACAUUAGACCGGUGGAAAUCUGAGUCCAAAUUUGAGAUUUUUGGUUCCAACUGCCGUGUCUUUGUGAGAUCUCCACAUGUGUAUUUCCCACCGUAAAGCAUGGAGGAGGAGGUGUUAUGGUGUGGGGGUGCUUUGUUGGUGACACUGUCUGUGAUUUAUUUAGAAUUCAACACUUAACCAGCAUGGCUACCACAGCAUUCUGCAGCGAUACACCAUCCCAUCUGGUUUGGGCUUAGUGGGACUAUCAUUUGUUUUUCAACAGGAAAAUGACCCAACACACCUCCGGGCUGUGUAAGGGUUAUUUUACCAAGAAGGAGAGUGAUGGAGUGCUGCAUCAGAUGACCUGGCCACAAUCCCCCGACCUCAACCCAAUUGAGAUGGUUUGGGAUGAGUCGGACGGAAGAGUGAAGGAAAAGCAGCCAACAAGUGCUCAGCAUAUGUGGGAACUCCUUCAAGAGUGUUGGAAAAGCAUUCCAGGUGAAGCUGGUUGAGAGAAUGUCAAGAGUGUGCAAAGCUGUCAUCAAGGCAAAGGGUGGCUAUUUGAAGAAUCUCAAAUCUCAAAUAUAUUUUGAUUUGUUUAACACUUUUUUGGUUACUACAUGAUUCCAUAUGUGUUAUUUCAUAGUUUUGAUGUCUUCAAUAUUAUUCUACAAUGUAGAAAAUAGUACAAAUAAAGAAAAACCCUUGAAUGAGUAGGUGUGUCCAAACCUUUGACUGGUACUGUACAUGAGCUCUUUCAGCUGUGGUUGUGAUGUAUUUCCAUAGAAAUCCUAACUGAUGAGUUUGUAUUUCUCUUCUGGCAGACUCCCUCCUGGUAGCAGCUUGUUUGACACCGUUCCGUCCUAUCAGAGCGCCCCAAACCCUCACAGGUACUGUAACUGUGAAGAAGAGUCCCGCCCCAAAUCCCCGCGAACCAGGUCUCAGCCAAUCCCUGGCUCUGACUCCUCCUGUUAUCACCACGGCAACGUGAGACUCCACAGUAUAAUCCCCACUCUAGAUGUCACUGCCGAAUACAUCAACUCAGUAGAGCUGUUCAAAGGCCACCAUGUCUACCCCUCAGGGAACUCCAACCAGCAUGGCCAGGCCGAGGACACCGCCUCCCAGCCUGGAGAGAGAGGCUCUACCCUAACAGGCUCCAGCCAUGGAGCCAACAACCAGAGAAGCCGUGGAAGGCGCCAGUCCUACCAGUUCCUCCCCAACACGCCCUACCAGAGCUUGAGCCAGUCCGACCUGGAGGGCUUCACCUACUUCUUCCCAGAGGACCACGAGCUGGCAGCCCAGCCCGAGUCCUCCCCUCCCCCCACCUGGCCCACCCCGUCUGGGCUAACACAGCUCCAGGCCAGGGUGCAGUGCCAGCGGGUGGUGGCUAACUCCAGUGUGGCCCUGGGCUGCGGCCGGCUCUUAGGCCCGGCCAUAGUGAGCCAGGCGGUGGCUAUGUGCGUCAGCGACCUCCAGCUAAAGGACGACCAGGCCUGGGUGGGCGCCACUCUGCCUCUGCUUGAGAACGAGUGUGAGAGGAGGCUAGUGGAGGAGAGGGGGAGAGAGGGAGAGCACCAGGACAUGUUGUCCUUCCUCAAGUGUCCUAAUCUAUGUAAUGGGAAUGGGCAGUGCUCCGAGUGGGGGUGUUUGUGCUUCCCCGGAUUCGGCUCCUACGACUGCAGCGUUAUCUCUGGUAAGAAGAGGGCAGGAUUGGAUCAGUAACACACAUCUAUAAGUCAAUCAUACAUAUUGUAAGUCAACACUAGGCCAGGGUUUGGCUUAUAGUUAAUCAAAAUGAAAGACAUAUCACAGUAAUUAGCUAAUCCUAGUAAAGCGAUUAAAAAACCUGCUGGCAUUUUUUUUUGUCGUCUGGGAUGGUGAAGACCAGACUCCAGAGAUCACAGAGCUGGAGAACGAGGGACUGUGUGAUGUCAGACAGAGUGACUGCUCCACUGUACAGGUCUUUGGACAAGGCUUCAAAGACUCCUAUGAACUCAAGUGUGAAUUUUUGAAGGAAAAGGUACCAUACUACAUCACACACACAAACACACACAUACACACCGACACCGACACACACACACACACACACACACACACACACACACACACACACACACACACACACACACACACACACACCUCCAUACUAUUAUUUUCUGUAGCACAGUACUUCUGACCCCGCCUGUCUCUGUCUGCGUGUGUCCAGUUUGUGGAUGGUGAGUGGACCCUGGACGAACCUCAGUUUUCCCUGGCUACCUUCCUGGAUGUGUCAGGUCUGGAGUGUCAGCUCCCCCUGGGGUAUAGACAACCCACUGCAGGCGUGGACCUGGAUAUGGCCACCGGCAGACCCCUCGCACGCUGGCAGAUCAAAGUCAGUGGAACAACGCUAUGCAGCACAUCUCAGUAAUGUUUUUGUCAUUUCUAACCAGGAACCAGUCUUAAGCUGUGACCCAAAAGGCCCCAACCCACCAAUGGGUCCAGACUAAUUUUUGGGAAUGGGCCAAUGACCCAUAAAAUACAGCUGGAUAACAGAGCCCUAAACAAUAGUACUAUUUGUAGCAGGGCAGUGUUCUGGUCUAGUGUUCUGAUAUGGUUUGUUUGCACACCUACCAGAUGUUUUCAAGAUGGUGAAACCUGGACAAGAUACCCUUACUUAUAGUAGUAGCUUCUGUAAAUAUUUAUUACCAGUAGUCACUGAUAAGUAAGUCAUUAACAUUGUCUUGGCAGGUGUCCAACGAUGGCUACGGCUACAGCAAUGCCAAGAUCCUGACCCUGUUCGAUGGAGCCUGUCAGAUCUGCACGCUCAAUGCUGACGUUCUCUGUACCUCGAGGGUGGGUUUCUCUUUGUUUUUUUCUCAGGGUUUUAAUGGUAUCACAACGUUUCUGGUAGCAAGAUCAGAAUGUGUUGUUUAAUGAUUAGAGUCUGAUUUUAAAUGAUUCAUUUUUUUCAUGUCCUUGUUCCUUGUGUUUUCCAAUUUGAUUGAGAAAAUGUUCUCAGCCUGAGGAUGCAUGAAUCAGCUUCUCGUAGUUUGUGUUCUUUUUCAGCCACUAACAUUCAACAGAUACAGUACAUUAUGUUGUGGGACAUUCAACAGAUGUUCAGGCUAGCUCAAAUUUCAGGCCCCUUUCCCACCAGGAAAAACCAGCACAUGCGGCCUGGCCCCUCUUAAAACUAAAUGUGAGUGUAGCACAUGGGGAUGUGUGAAACUUACCCAUCAGCCUGAAGCGUCUUAACAUACGGCGCCACACAAAAAGCUAGCUAUGUGGCGCAAGUGGGGACACUUCACCAUGUGCUACCUGAGCACCACUCCUCCUAGUUAUGUGUGCCAACCAGUUUUCUUCUGAAGAACUCAAACAGAACAUUUAUCACCCAAACAAAAAGUGGCCAAUGCUCUGUUUGUCAUUUAAUGUAUGCUGGAGGUCCAUAUAGAAGUGGUGUGGGUGAGAUGAUAGGUUGAAGCUGGCAUGAUUACCUCUCUGGCAUCUCUUAACACAGGAAACAAUUAGGUGUUUUAGUCCAAUCAAGGUUCACUUGCGUGUGUAUGCAGUAAGUCAAUGCCAGCCCUGUUCUCUUGUUGGCCCGAAAAGUGUUCCUGGUUCCUAUUUCAAUGGCAAGAUCAGAUGUUUGAUGUUUUCUAAAAGGCAAACAGAUAUAUGCCAAUUGUGUUGCUGUGUAUCGAUCCCCAGGAGAAAACAUGCAACAUUGACAGUGUAUGUUAUGGAGAGGGAGACCGAAAUCCCAGAAGCCCUUGCUUGAUAUGCCGACCAGACUCCUCCAAGUACACAUGGUCCAUCGCUGAGAGUAAGUACAGCACCCUCUACUAAUACUACAAUAUGUUAAUUACUUUUAAUAUUAUACAAAUGCAUCUGUAUACAAAUUCAUACCAAGCCAACUGAAAUCGGAAAAAGGUAUUUGCUACCACCAACUACUGACGACAGCACACGGUCACAGAGAACACAUAUGGCUGCAUGGUCUCUGGAAUAUGUUAACAUGUCAACAGCUCAGAGUUGGUCAUGCUGUAGGGAAUAAGGUGUGAUUGAGGUCAGCGUAAUUACAGAAACUUAAAGUACUUUGUGUACUGUAAUUGUGGUUGAUUCAAUGUGUUCCAAUGCCUUCUUUUUGCUGUGAUUUGAUUUUAGUUUUCUUUGUUAAUAUAAAAUUAGGCCAAAUCACUCCAGAUUAAACUGGUUUGAACGAGGAAUGAAAACAGAAAAUCUAAAUUUUACAAAGAUCGAUAAACAUAUCAAUAAACAAGUUGAAAUAAAGGAACAUUAUUGUACCUCAAAUAAGGAUAUGGCCUUUAAUUAUGAAAUUAUUAAAGUAUUAGGUUAUUAUUAUGUUAUUACUAAAUACUAUUCUGCUCCUGGCAGAGAACGAGCCUCCAGUGUUUCAGGCAGCCCAGGGGCGUCUGCAGACGUUCCAGGGGGAGAACUUUGUGUACCAGCUGCAGGCUCAGGACCCAGAGGGCUCUGCGGUGCUGUUCACUCUGGAGUCAGGCCCCAGUGACGCCUCCCUCUCCCCCGCUGGCCUGGUCAUCUGGAAGGCUACUGACGCUGCCACCUCCACCUCCACACAGACCUUUCGGUUCACCGUUACAGACGAUUGUAAUGCUGAGACGCAUGCCUCUGUCCAGGUAGGGUUAGUCUCGCUUACCAUGCCAACAGGCUGUUGAAAGUGACGCUUAAAAGGUCUAAAUAUGGAUUAAUACCACAAGAGGGAGCUCUAGAUGUGUAAUUAUCAUUGAUCGUCAAAGAUCACAUACUGUAUGAGCCUAGCCUUACUGUACUAGCAGGACAUUCAAAACCAAGACACAGUACCUUACCCAUGCAUCUUACCCAUGUAACCAAGAUAUAGUAACUUACCCAUGUUCUGUAGCUUACCUCAGAUACCAAGCUCUACUAACAUAUCCUAUUCCACUGUGUGUCCCCAGGUCUCUGUGUGGCCCUGUGGCUGUCUGAACAGAGCUUCCUGUGUUACAAACAUCAACCUCCCCCCUGGCAGUGGGGAGUACCUAUGUAUCUGUCCCGCUGGCUUCAGAGGGGACAGGUGUGAGGAGGACAUAGACGACUGUAAACCCAACCCCUGCCGUAUGGCCAAGUGUAUAGACGGACCCAACUCUUUCUCCUGCAUCUGUCCCCCCGGAAUGACAGGUAAUGUACAUGACAGAAACAGAAUCAUAAACUGGGUGGUUUGAGCCCUGAAGGCUGAUUGGCUGGUAUAUCAGACCGUAUACCACGGGUAUGACAAAAACUAUAUUUUUACUAUUCUGAUUAUGUUGGUAACCAGUUCAUAAUAGCAAAAAGGCAUCUUGGGGGUUUGUGGCAUAUGGGCAAUAUACCACGGCUAAUGGCUGUAUCAAGGCACUCCACGUUGCGUCGUGCUUAAGAACAGCCCUUAGCUGUGGUAUAUUGACCAUAUACCACACCUCCUCGGGCCUUAUUGCUUAAUUAGAACACAUACUGUAUGUUGUGCAUGCUGUCCAUGCUAAUACUGCAGCUAAUGUUGGGUGUCUCGGAUGCUUUUCUGACUUUUUUAUGGGUCUCAGAUGCUUUAUUACUUUUAAUCAUUCGGUUAUGAAGAUAUGCAUUCUAAGAAGCAUACUCUUUAUGACCACUCUUUCAGUGUGUGGAUAGCCUACAAGCAGGGCCACAUUUUCUUUUCUGGUUCAGUGAAUUUGGAGUAUGAUGUUUUGUUAGUAGAUUACAUCCUGUGUGUGUAAGGCUGUGUACUUUAUGUUGUUUUUGUGUUCCAGGUCAUACCUGUAGAGAGGAUUUGGAUGAAUGUGCCGCAGAGCCGUGCUUCCCUGGGGUGGGCUGCAACAAUACACUGAGCUCAUUCACCUGUGGCUCCUGUCCAGAGGGUUACACUGGGGACGGGAAGAGUUGCAGUGGGUCCCACUCUCCCUGUCUCUGUUUCUCUCCCUGUCUCUGUAUCUCUCUCUUUCUCUACCCCCCCCCCCCCCCCCCCUCAUUCUCUCAUCAAUAUAUUUAUAUUGACUGUGAGUAAUUAUAUUCUACCUCCUCUUCUCCUGUAGUGAAAUCAGAGCCUUCCAGUGGUAAGGGUGAUGACUAUGAGCCUAUCCAUAGAGUGCCCGUGCCCGUACCUGCUGUACCCACUGGAGGUCACCAGGGUUCUGGCACGGUUAAACCAUCAGGCCAGGCCCCCUGCUCCAGACAACCAUGCUACCCAGGGGUGCAGUGCUUCGAGAGCACACACGUGUCCAUAGGGUACAUCUGUGGACCCUGUCCACCUGGGCUCCAUGGCAACGGACACACCUGUAGUAGAAGCACCACAACAGGUGAGAAGGGUCACCUGAUCACUUAGCUGAUGAUUGAUAGGGUUAGUUGAUAGAGGUGAUUGAGUUAUAAUUGCUCUAUACAAAUCAAGCUCUAUCCUCUUAACUUCCAGUGUUUUACAGGACAGAAGCCAGUUACCACCAACAGAGAAGAUGGACGUCCCCAAGUGACAGAAGACUCCAGUAGGGAAAUCACUGGCACCACCUCCAACUCCUCCUCUUCUUCCUCCUUCCAGAAAAGGAGGAAAACUGACGGGCCCUCAUCGGGUAGCAAGAGAGUCCCCUCCAUGGAGAGAAAGACACCUAUUAGCCCCCAGGACCAAACUAUCACCAGAGUCUCCACCCCCACCAAUCACAACAGAGGUCAGAGCAGCAAGGUGGACCUGACCCCUGACCUCAACCACGGGGUCAGGUGGGGGUCAUCGACUCCCAUAGUGACCUGUGCGGACUCGCCCUGCUUCUCCGGUGUGCCCUGUGAGCCCACUGUCUCAGGGUCCUUCAAGUGUGGCCGCUGCCCGUAUGGUUACACUGGAGAUGGGGUCACCUGCAAAGGUUAGCGGUUAGCACUCUUGUUCUUUGGUUUUCAUUCAUAUACAAUACCAGUCAAAAGUUUGGACACACCUACUCAUUCAAGGGUUUUUCUUUAUUUUUACUGUUUUCUACAUUGUAGAAUAAUAGUGAAGACAUCAAAACUAUGAAAUAACACAUAUGGAAUGAUGUAGUAACCAAAAAAGUGUUAAACAAAUCAAAAUAUAUUUUAGAUUUUAGAUUCUUCAAAGUAGCUACACUUUGCCUUGAUGACAGCUUUGCACACUCUUGGCAUGAGGAAUGCUUUUCCAACAGUCUUGAAGGAGUUCCCACAUAUGCUGAGCACUUGUUGGCUGCUUUUCCUUCACUCUGCGGUCCAACUCAUCCCAAACCAUCUCAAUUGGGUUGAGGUCGGGUGAUUGUAGAGGCCAGGUCAUCUGAUGCAGCACUCCAUCACUCUCCUUCUUGGUCAAAUAGCCCUUAUACAGCCUGGAGGUGUGUUUUGGGUCAUUGUCCUGUUGAAAAACAAAUGAUAGUCCCACUAAGCGCAAACCAGAUGGGAUGGCAUAUCGCUGCAGAAUGCUGUGGUAGCCAUGCUGGUUAAGUGUGCCUUGAAUUCUAAAUAAAACACAGACAGUGUCACCAGCAAAGCACCCCCACACCAUCACACCUCCUCCUCCAUGCUUCAUGGUGGGAACCACAAAUGCGGAGAUCAUCCGUUCACCUACUCUGCGUCUCACAAAGACACGGCGGUUGGAACCAAAAAUCUCCAAUUUGGACUCCAGACCAAAGGACAGAUUUCCACCGGUCUAAUGUCCAUUGCUUGUGUUUCUUGGCCCAAGUAAGUCUCUUCUUCUUAUUGGUGUCCUUUAGUAGUGGUUUCUUUGCAGCAAUUCGACCAUGAAGGCCUGAUUCACGCAAUCUCCUCUGAACAGUUGAUGUUGAUGCUGUUACUUGAACUCUGUGAAGCAUUUAUUUGGGCUGCAAUCUGAGGUGCAGUUAACUCUAAUGAACUUAUCCUCUGCAGCAGCGGUAAUUCUGGUUCUUCCUUUCCUGUGGCGGUCCCCAUGAGAGCCAGUUUCAUCAUAGCGCUUGAUGAUUUUUGCGACUGCACUUGAAGAAACCUUCAAAGUUCUUGAAAUGUUCCGAAUUGACUGACCUUCAUGUCUUAAAGUAAUGAUGGACUGUCAUUUCUCUUUGCUUAUUUGAGCUGUGCUUGCCAUAAUAUGGACUUGGUCUUUUACCAAAUAGAUCUUCUGUAUACGACCCCUACCUUGUCCCAACACAACUGAUUGGCUCAAACGCAUUAAAAAGGAAAUAAAUUCCACAAAUUAACUUUUAAGAAGGCACACCUGUUAAUUGAAAUGCAUUCCAGGUGACUACCUCAUGAAGCUGGUUGAGAGAAUGCCAAGAGUGUGCAAAGCUGUCAUGAAGCCAAAGGGUGGCUACUUUGAAGAAUCUCAAAUAUAAAAUAUAUUUUGAUUUGUUCAACACUUUCUUGGUUACAAUGUGAUUCCAUCUAUGUAAUUUAAUAGUUUUGAUGUCUUUACUAUUAUUCUACAAUGUAGAAAAUAGUAAAAAAUAAAGAAAAACCCUUGAAUGAGUAGAUGUGUCCAAACCUUUGACUGGUACUGUAUUUUUAACAUUGAAAUCCUUACAUGGACAUGAAACUGUUUGUGGUGUUGUGUAUUCCAGCUGUGUGCCGGUAUCCAUGUGGAAGGAAUAUGGAGUGCUCUCUACCCAACACCUGCACUUGUAAAGAAGGCUAUACUGGAUAUAACUGCCACAUAGGUGGGAACAACAGUCAGGGCUGGACAAUUCAUAUUCUCAUUGCAAUUUAUUCGAUUUUAUAUAUAUAUGUUUAUUUUUGUUUUUUUUGCGGGGGGGGUAGAUAUAAGCUUUAAUAUUGCAGAUAGAUUGUGGCUUCCAUCAAUGUAUUUGUCUGCAUCAUUUCCAAUCCCCCAUAAUUUUUUUUUUACAUAUAUACACUACCAGUCAAAAGUUUGGACACACCUACUCACUCAAGGGUUUUUCUUUAUUUUUACUAUUUUUUACAUUGUAGAGUAAUAGUGAAGACAUCAAAACAAUGAAAUAACACAUAUGGAAUCAUUUAGUAACCAAAAAAGUGUUAAACAAAUCAAAAUAUAUUUUAUAUUUGAGAUUCUUCAAAUAGCCACCCUUUGCCCUUGAUGACAGCUUUGCUCACGCUUGGCAUUCUCUCAACCAGCUUCAUGAGGUAGUCACCUGGAAUGCAUUUCAAUUAACAGGUGUGCCUUCUUAAAAUUGUAUUUGUGGAAUUUAUUUCCUUCUUAAUGCCUUUUAGCCUAUCAGUUGUGUUGUGACAAGGUAGGGGGGAUAUACAGAAGAUAGCCCUAUUUGGUAAAAUACCAAGUCCAUAUUAUGGCUAGAACAGCUCAAAUAAGUAAAGAGAAAUGACAGUCCAUCAUUACUUUAAGACAUGAAGGUCAGUCAAUCCGGAAAUUGUCAAGAACUUUGAAAGUUUCUUCAAGUGCAGUCGCAAAAACCAUCAAGUGCUAUGAUGAAACUGGCUCUCAUGAGGACCACCACAGGAAUGGAAGACCCAUAGUUACCUCUGCUGCAGAAGAUAUGUUCAUUAGAGUUACCAGCCUCAGAAAUUGCAGCCCAAAUAAAUGCUUCACAGAGUUCAAGUCACAGACACAUCUCAAAAUCAACUAUACAGAGGGGACUGUGUGAAUCAGGCCUUCAUGGUCAAAUUGCUGCAAAGAAAGCACUACUAAAGGACACCCAUAAGAAGAAGAGACCUGCUUGGGCCAAGAAACACGAGCAAUGGACAUUAGACUGGUGGAAAUGUGUCCUUUGGUCUGGAGUCCAAAUUUGAGAUUUUUGGUUCCAACCGCUGUGUCUUUGUGAGACGCAGAGUAGGUGAACGGAUGAUCUCCGCAUCUGUGGUUCCCACCAUGAAGAAUGGAGGAGGAGGUGUGAUGGUGUGGGGGUGCUUUGCUGGUGACACUGUCUGUGAUUUAUUUAGAAUUCAAGGCACACUUAACCAGUAUGGCUACCACAGCAUUCUGCAGCGAUACGCCAUUCCAUCUGGUUUGGGCUUAGUGGGACUAUCAUUUGUUUUUCAACAGGACAAUGACCCAACACACCUCCAGGCUGUGUAAGUGCUAUUUUACCAAGAAGGAAAGUGAUGGAGUGCUGCAUCAGUUGACCUGGCCUCCACAAUCCCCCGACCUCAACCCAAUUGAGAUGGUUUGGGAUGAGUCGGUCGGCAGAGUGAAGGAAAAGCAGCCAACAAGUGCUAAGCAUAUGUGGGAACUCCUUCAAGAGUGUUAGAAAAGCAUUCCUCAUGAAGCUGGUUAAGAAAAUGUCAAGUGUGCAAAGCUGUCAUCAAGGCAAAGGGUGGCUAUUUGAAGAAUCUCAAAUCUCAAAUAUAUUUUGAUUUGUUUAACACUUUUUUGGUUACUACAUGAUUCCAUAUGUGUUAUUUCAUAGUUUUGAUGUCUUCACUAUUAUUCUACAAUGUAGAAAUUAGUAAAAAUAAAGAAAAACACUUGAAUGGUGUGUCCAAACGUUUGACUGGUACAGUAUAUACAGUGCCUUUGGAAAGUAUUCAGACCCCUUGACUUUUUCCACAUUUUGUUACGUUACAGCCUUAUUCUAAAAUUGAUUAAAUUGUUUUUUCCCCCUCAUCAAUCUACACACGAUACCCCAUAAUGACAAAGCAAAAACAGUUUUUUAGAAAUGUUUGCCAAUUUAUUAACAAAAAAAACUGAAAUAUCAUAUUUACAUAAGUAUUCAGACCCUUUACUCAGUACUUUGUUGAAGAACCUUUGGCAGCAAUUACAGCCUCAAGUCUUCUUGGAUAUGACGCUGCAAGCUUGGCACACCUGUAUUUGGGGAGAUUCUCCCAUUAUUUUCUGCAGAUCCUCUCAAGCUCUGUCAGGUUGGAUGGGGAGCAUUGCUGAAGAGCUAUUUUCAGGUCUCUCCAGAGAUGUUCGAUCGGGUUCAAGUCCAGGCUCUGGCUGGGCCACUCAAAGACAUUUAGAGACUUGUCCCGAAGCCACUCCUGCGUUGUCUUGGCUGUGUGCUUAGGGUCGUUGUCCUGUUGGAAGGUGAACCUUCGCUCUGGAGCAGGUUUUCAUCAAGGAUCUCUCUGUACUUUGCUCCGUUCAUCUUUGCCUCGAUCCUGACUAGUCUCCCAGUCCCUGCCGCUGAAAAACAUCCCUACAGCAUGAUGCUGCCACCACCAUGUUUCACCGUAGGGAUGGUGCCAGGUUUCCUCCAGAUGUGACGCUUGGCAUUCAGGCCAAAGAGUUCAAUCUUGGUUUCAUCAGACCAGAUAAUCUUCUUUCUCAUGGUCUGAGAGACUUUAGGUCCCUUUUGGCAAACUCCAAGCCGGCGGUCAUGUGCCUUUUACUGAGGAGUGGCUUCCGUCUGGCCACUCUACCAUAAAGGCCUGAUUGGUGGAGUGCUACAGAGAUGGUUGUCCUUCUGGAAGGUGCUCUCUACCGAUCUCCACAGAGGAAUUCUAGAGCUCUGUCAGAGUGACCAUCAGGUUCUUGGUCACCUCCCUGACCAAGGCCCUACUCCCCCAAUUGCUCAGUUUGGCCAGGCGACCAGAUCUAGGAAGAGUCUUGGUGGUUCCAAACAUCUUCCAUUUAAGAAUGAUGGAGGCCACUGUGUUCUUGGGGACUUUCAAUGCUGCAGUGAUUUUUUGGUACCCUUCCCCAGAUCUGUGCCUCAACAGAAUCCUGUCUCGGAUCUCUACGGACAAUUCCUUCGACCUCAUGGCUUGGUUUUUGCUCUGACAUGCACUGUCAACUGUGGGACCUUAUAUAGACAGGUGUGUGCCUUUCCAAAUCAUGUCCAAUCAAUUGAAUUUACCACAGGCGGACUCCAAUCAAGUUGUAGAAACAUCUCAAGGAUGAUCAAUGGAAACAGGACCUGCACCUGAGCUCAAUUUCGAGUCUCAUAGCAAAGGGGCUGAAUACUUAUGUAAAUAAGGUAUUUCUGUUUUUAAUUUUUAAAAUAGCAAAAAUGUAAUUAUGUCAUUAUGGGGUAUUGUGUGUAGAUUGCUGAGGAAAUUGUUUUAUUUAAUCAAUUUUAGAAUAAACUGUAACGUAACAAAAUGUGGAAAAGGUCAAGGGGUCUGAAUACUUUCCGAAGGCAAUGUAUAUAUAUAUAUAUAUAUUUUUCUUUAUUUAUUAUUUUCCCCUAACCCUACCACCCCUCCCUUAAUUGGAGUAAACUAAUGGACAACAACUCUUAGGCUUCUACUUCCAGCUUAUACGUACUAUAUACAUUUUACGGACACAGUAUAGUUUACAAUAGUUAUCUUUUGUUUGUUUUUAGUCCCAUCCUUCAGCUCCACUCAACCCCUCCCAUCUAUCUCUGAAGACCAUCCAGUUUUGAUUUCUAUUUGCCAUAUAUUUUUCAACUGUACUGUGAUGUUUCACAAAAGUUCUGAACCUUUCUGUUCUUAUGGCUUUUUAUGAGAGUUACAAAAUAACUUCUGCAAAAAUGUCUGUAAAUUAGAAUAAGUUGUUUUCAGUUACACAUAGAAGUUGUAGAUUCUAUUAACCUUCUACCUUCUCAGCUGUCUGCCGACCGGACUGCAAGAACCAUGGGAAGUGUGUCAGGCCAAAUGUGUGCGUCUGUCCCGUGGGCUACAGCGGACCAACAUGUGAGGAAGGUAAACAUAUCAUCCCACACAUAUUUGAACUCUAACUAUGUACUGUAUAUCCUGGCCCCAAAUCGGUUUGUGCUAUCUUGCCAACUCAUUGUCACUCAUUGUGUGGCUUGACAAUUAUGUAAUAGGAGUUGGCAAGAUAGCACAAACAGAUCUGGGUCAAGGCUAUAUGUUCUCCAUUGUAUAUAUUGUACUGUAAAUAUUCUCAUUUUCUUACUGGAUGCUCUGUACACCUCUUGGUUGCUGUGUUUGUAGCUAACUGUGAGCCGUCUUGCCAGCAUGGCGGAACCUGUCUGGCCAGGAAUCUCUGCACCUGUCCUUACGGUUACGUGGGACCAAGAUGUGAAAUCAGUGAGAGCUCAUUCAAUCCAUUUGAUCCUUUCUGGCAUAUAUCAUGUUUCCCUACAAUUAUCUGCUUGCCUAAAAAAACCGGAAUGUGUGUAUAGGGGUUAGGAUUUGUCAUGUGUAACUGUGUCUGUGUGUGUCUCUUUUCAGUGGUGUGCAACAGGCACUGUGAAAACGGAGGGGAGUGUAUUUCUCCCGAUGUGUGUAAGUGCAAGUCUGGCUGGUACGGACCAACAUGCAACUCAGGUAACUCCAAUCAACACCACAUGUUUCUACUUAGAAGCCCAUGCCGAAUAUAUCUCUUUUUGACAACAGUAUGUUUAGCUAUGGGCUAAAUAUUCAAUUUUAUUCAUCUCCAGCUGUCUGCAAUCCAGUGUGUUUGAAUGGUGGGACUUGUAUCAAACCCAACAUCUGCACCUGUCCCAGUGGCUUCUAUGGCUCCCAAUGUCAGAUUGGUAAGAAUAGGUGUCAUAUUGACAAUCAAUAACCUCAAUUGAUUAUGAGACAUUCUACUGUUCUCCUAAUAGUGAUUGAUCCGUCAAUUUGCACAGAAGUCUAUUGCAUGGUGGUACUUUGGUUUAGUGAGGUAUUACUGUAGGUGUGUCACUGUGUGUGUUGCGCCCUCCAGCUGUGUGCAGCCCUCCCUGUAAGAACGGAGGUCAGUGUAUGAGGAACAACGUGUGCUCCUGCCCCGAGGGCUACACAGGGAAGAGGUGUCAGAAGAGUAAGUGCCACUGCCACCCAACACAACCAGACACCCCACAUCACUGUCUAUGCAUGCAGUAUUAAAUGGUUCUAGGCCCUAUACCAACAUAAAUACAUGUGAUAGAACCUAAUUGUAAUAACCCUGUAGCAAGCUAGUAAGUACAUGCAGUUAUGUUAAUUGAGCCAAAAAUGCAUGUUGCGUUGUGUCUUUCAGGUGUGUGUGACCCCAUGUGCAUGAACAAGGGGAAGUGUGUGGGGCCCAACUCCUGCUCCUGUGCCUCUGGGUGGAGGGGGAAGAGGUGUAACAUUCGUGAGUGAGAACAUCAUGUACAACCACUGUUAACCUGAACCUGUCCCCAUGUAAAGAUGCCUUGACAAUGCUAAGCAUCUCUAUGUGUUUGUGUGCGUGUGUGUAUUUAGCCGUGUGCCUGCAGAAGUGUAAGAACGGUGGUGAGUGUGUGGGACCCAACACCUGCCAUUGUCCCACGGGAUGGGAAGGCCUGCAGUGUCAGUCCGGUGAGUCCUAUUGCUGCCAAGUUUCAAUACAUAGAUAUAUACUUUUAUCCUGUACUUAUAUUGAGUUCUAUACUGUCCUCCAUCUGCCUGACGCACAGCCAUCUGUAAGCAGAGAUGUCUUAAUGGGGGAAGGUGUGUCCUGCCCAACUUCUGCCACUGCCGCAAUGGGUACACUGGCGUCACCUGUGGGUUAAAG